AUGUACGAGAGCGGCGUGGUGGAGGAGAAGAAGGUUUUCGCUGUGGAUGGGUUGAGGAGACCGAGUGCGCGCAAAUGGAAGAGAGCAAGAAAAGUUAUCCCGCAUGAUAACAGAGGUUUCCAUGUGAUUGACGAGGUCGUGUACUGUUGUGUAAGUGGUGGGAAGGUGAUGUGGUGUGAGGCAAGUGAAUUGGAGUGUUUAGGAACCGAGGCGAUCGAGUGGAGAGAAGUGAUGGGCUUGGAGGCUCUGAGAGACCUUAUCCGGGCUUCCAGGGUUGUUAGUUAUGGUGGCGCGUUCUCGGAUUCCUCCAAGUCUUCCAGGAGGUUGCGGACCGAACUCGUACCCGACGAUGCGUUUGCCGGGCACAAGCUGAGCAAUUCUGGUCCCAACAUGCUGCUCUUCUGGGACGUGCUUGCUCCUCAGAAACUGGAGGUCUCUUUGGAGAGACGCAAAGGAGCAGGAGGAGGCGAGAUUUGGGGCAGCGUCGUGUGGUCGGAAGCUGUCAUGACACGCGAUCCUCCUCCUCCGCAUCGCAUGCACUGUAAAAUUCUGCAUUCUGUCUCUCUCAACCUCUGA